AUGGCUACUGUAUCUUCAGAAGCUUACCUCCUGCAGUUGUUUUACAAUGCAGAAAGAUCUCGCCAUGAACUCAACAAGAAAAAGACCAUGUUGGUCGAAUUGCGCACUCUGGAAUUCUGGCGGGCCAUCAUUGCCGAGUGUUUAGCCACAUUCUUGUACGUUUUCCUGGUCUGCGGCUCUCACGUGAUGUGGUCUAUACAUUCGACGAACACACUCACCAAGUCUUUCACGAACGGUUUUGCGAUGGCCACUGCUGCCCAGUGCUUUGGCCACAUUUCUGGGGCCCACAUUAACCCUGCUUUCACCUUUGCGAUGCUGGUGACACAGAAAGUUACCCCAUUGCGAGCUUUUUUGUACAUCACUGCCCAGUGUGGAGGUGCAAUAGCUGGUUCAGCUUUGCUGUACGGAAUAACAGCUACUGGUCUCUCAGCUCCACGGGAGAGUCUUGGCUGCACAGUGGUAAAUGAAUCUCUCUCCCCAUGGCAAGGGGUGGGCCUAGAGCUGGUGCUCACUUUUGUGGUGGCUUUCACAAUGUGUGCCACCCAAGAUCCUAACAGACGAUCCCUGGGAAGCGAUGCUUUGGCAGUUGGAGUUGCUUAUCUGGUUUGCACACUAGUGGCACUUCCAGCAACCGGUGCUUCUAUGAAUCCUGCCCGUUCUCUGGGUCCAGCAUUUGUUAUGAACACAUGGACUCAUCAUUGGGUGUACUGGCUAGGGCCAGCAAUAGGUGGGUUGCUUGCGGGAUUGAUUUAUGAGUACAUAUUCGAUUCACCACCGAAGAAAAUUAUAGCCAGCAAUAAAGAUAGAGAAGAUUCGGAAAGAGAUGUUUCUGAAACCAGAGACGAUAGCGAUAGUAAGUGCUCAUCAGCAUUGUCCCCAAGAACAGCAGUUCCUCAACUGCAGCUGCAUCCUCAGCAAUCUACUGGAGGACCCUAUUACAGACCACUCACCCCACAUGAAAACCACAGACCACAAUCUCGCGGCGCCUAUACUUCAGCCAAAUACGUCAGUGGAGCAGCAGCAAGCACCAGUCAUCAGCAGAAUGCGGCUGGGUAUUACGCAUCUCUUCCACGAAAUGGAAGUAGUAGUUACAGAGCAUGGAACGAUUAUGGCCCUUCUGGUCCUUUCAAGUUUUGA